AUGAGUAGGCAAAGCUCAUUCAGUGGCUCAAUCUCGGGCCAUCUUCGACGGCCGUCAUUCGAGCGCAGGGAUUCGGCAGCUUCAAAUGCCAGUGAUUACGAGGGUUUGGAUCCCGAUGACCCGAUCAUCACUGGCAUGGCGAGGAACGUUCUUGACGACACCGGGGAGCUAGAAAAGGCCUACCUUCGUAGUAUGAGCUACAAACAGCGAAGAAAAUAUCUCUCUCGAGUAAAGAUCGAAUUCAACGUUACCUCGAUGAUCAAUAGGCAGGAAUUUCUCAUCCGCUUGGCAGAAACGCUCAUGACGUUCGGCGCACCUUCUCACCGUAUUGAAAGCCAGCUCCUUUCAGCUGCAAGGAUACUCGAGGUCGACGCCGAAUUCGUCCACAUCCCCGGUGUCAUCAUGUGCUCCUUCGGGAACCAGUUCACGAAGACUUCCGAGCUGCACUUCGUCAGAUGUGCAGGCCGACUCGCGCUUGGCAGCCUGCAUAAAGUUCAUCAAAUAUACAGAAUGGUCGUGCACGACGAGAUCAGCGCGGCGGAGGCGACGGCGAAGCUCGAUGCCUUGCUUGUGGCGAAGCCCGAGUAUCAUGCCUUUGUGCGGGUGAUAUUUGCGUUUCUCUUAUCCGCUUUGAUCUGCCCGCUUGCCUUUGGUGGCUCCUUGGUGGAUAUGUGGAUCGCUGGCAUGUGCGCAGUAUUCCUCUCCACAAUGCAGAUUCGUGUCGCAUCCAAAUCUGUGAUGUAUGCGAACGUUUACGAAAUCAGCGUCAGCAUAGGCGUGGCAUUCCUCGCUCGCGGACUGAGCAGUAUCAGGUCUCAAAUAUUCUGUUAUACUGCAAUCUCGUCUGCGGGCAUCGUGGGCAUUCUUCCGGGGUACUUAAUUCUGAGCAGCUCUCUUGAGCUUGCCUCAAAGAACAUCGUGUGCGGCAGCGUGAAGAUGGUGUACGCGUUGAUAUACACGCUAUUUCUGGGUUUUGGCCUUCAAAUAGGCUCCGAUUUGUUUCUCUUGUUCGACCGCAAGGCUCGAACCGAGCUGGCCACGCUGGCCGCCCGCAUGACGUCCUCGGUCGCACUCUCUGGCUUGUUUGUAACCGACAACAGCACGUCGAUUGCACCGGGUCUGAACUAUGGGAAGCCGUUGAACGGGACCUUCACGUUCUCAAACUCGUCCGCGGCCAUUAGCGAAUACAUCGUAGAUGGCUGCUACCGGCCUCCGUCGUUCGCAUGGUACCUCCAGCCAUUCCCGUACUGGACACAGUUCUUGAUCGUGCCCUUGUUUUCCUUGCUGUCAUCCAUGGCGAACCUGCAGCCGCUGUGGUCUUGGCAGAUGCUCGUGAUGGUGGUGAUCUCCUGCGCAUCUUAUGCCACAAACAAGCUGGCGGAUCACUUCAUCUUUGAUCGUUCCGACGUCGUGUCCGCCAUCGGCGCAUUCGUGGUGGGCAUACUCGGUAAUAUCUACUCUCGGAGAUUCGGCGGGACUGCUUUCACGGCCAUGGUCACGGGUGUGCUCUUCCUUGUGCCAUCUGGCCUGUCACAAGCAGGAGGUAUCACUGCGCAAGGCAGUGGCAUAGAUAUUGGAAGUGCGAUGAUCGCGGUCACUAUCGGUAUUACCGUCGGGUUGUUCACGAGCCAAGCAUUGGUUUACAUGUUUGGAUCGCGGAAGAACGCAGCAAUCUUUUCAUUCUAA